GUACCAUCUGCGCAGGGGCGGGGACUAGGGACAUACCACCUGCGUAGUGGCGGGCUGUCUCUCCUGUUGCCCAGCGCGGGAUGCGCGUGGGCGCAUGUCGCUGUGGCACCUCUGCGCUUGCUGUGCUGUGAGGGGAUUUGUGGCGGAGCCGGAGCUUGCUGGCCAGAGGCCCCAGUAGGAAAAUCGCCGGGCACGGAGUUCCGGUGAUGCCUGCACUUUCAGCUUUGUAGACUGACUGAUGCAUGAUUUUCUGCUGUUUGGAGCCUGAGUUGUGGUCGGGAAAAUGGAUUUAAUCUGAGAGACCGAACGGGGCUAUUGACGAGAACUAGAACGCACUACAUUUGCAAAGUAUUUUGCGCAAGGGAGCCCCGGAAAAAAGACCACACCCACCGGCACUCUCGACGACCAAGGCAGUGAAGAUCCUGGUGGAGCUGGCCGGCUUUGAGUGGCAUGCAGGCGCUCCACCUUCAACACCGCAGCCCCAGCAGUUACAGGGUCAAGGCCAGGGCAUCCUAUGUGGAUGAGAGCCUGUUUGGCAGCCCUACGGGAACCCGGCCCAGCCCACCAGACUUUGACCCACCCUGGGUGCAGAACUGUCACAGGUCGAGAGGAGUGGGCCCAGGACCACCGAAGGUCUCUCUGGUGAAGAGAGACUGUGAGCCCACCCCCUCUAGGGGCAGCACCCCAAGCCUCACACCAAGGAAAAAGAACAAAUACAGGUUGAUUGGCCACACCCCAUCCUACUGUGAUGAGUCACUGUUUGGCUCCCGGCCACAGGGCCUCAGCAAAGAGGGGUCUCGGACAGCCAUGGGGGAUGCUGCCAAGCUCCGGACCCUUUUCUGGACACCACCAGCCACCCCUAGGGGCAGCUACUCACCUCGUCCCAGGGAGACCCCUCUUCGAGCCAUUCACCCCGAUGGACCCUCCAGGACAGAGCCCAGCAUGACCACAGGCUCCCAGAAGACACCCCAGGAGGGGUUGGAUGCUCCCCACUCUCUGGGGCAGAGGCGUUCCCAUUCACUCACCCACCUGAGUGUCCCCAGCAUGGGUCAUCCAGCUGCCGGUACCCCCCAGACCAAUGGACCUUGGAGUUCCCGGCCUUCCACAUCAAGGAUGACUGCCCGGAGUCCCCUGGUCACUCCCAAGGCACGGUCAGGCAGUGUUUCAGGGCCAGCUGCUCCUCAACGAGGGGCCAGCUCCCCUAAACCAAAACCUCCUUGGAAAUGAGGCUCUCACCAGGAUCUACCAAGUAUCCACAGAGGGCGGAGCACUUCGGGGACAAGGACUGGGUGGACAGGUUCCCCGCCAGCAAGGAUCCUGUGGCUCUCAGUGGACUCUGUCUGUAGCAUUUGUUUUGUAGUACUGGACCCUGUGCAAACUAGGCGGGUGCUGAGCCACCCUAGCCGUGUCCCUAGCCACACAGCCUCCACUGGGACCCAUGAAACAGGCACUAGCCACACAGCUCCUGUGCCCGGAGGGCACUGUGGUCAGUGUGAGAGAGGUCUGCUUGCUUUUCUCUGACCAGGCUUGGCCUUAAACUGUCUGGCAAGAACCCUCAGCUCUCCAGGCCCGCACAGGUCAAGGCCAGGUGCCACCCAUGUCAACAGCAAGUGGGUGGGGCCAUACAGGCUCCCACUUCGGGUCAGGACUUUAUCUAGACCUAGCUGGGGGCUCAGACACAUUCAGUAAUGGUGUCUCAUUAACCCUCCCACUAUGGUCCCACGACAGACAUUGCAGUCUGUCUUCCUCCUGGUUAGAUACAAACUCAGAAAGGCCAACUGAUGUCAGGUGACACACCUGAUGAGUGACACCAGUUUGGAACCUGCAGAUGACAAUGAGGACUGUCUAUGCUUCCCCGCCUUAUCCGGGAGCCUGGCACCUUUUGGGUGCUAGGUGGACGCUGAGUGACAGUGGUCGGGGUGGACUCCCCACUGAACUCGGAGCAGGCAGGAGCCGAGCCAGCCUGGAGGCGGCGACCACAGGACUGGAUAUCAGAUGGAACCACAUUCUCCUGGAUGGCUCUGGCUUUCAUCAGUUUCCCACUUUUCCUGUCUUCCCACCCGGCACCCCCACCCCCGUGGACCUCCCUCUGGGACAUGCCCCUUGAGGCAAAGGGUCUCCAGAGAGGCUCAUACCUAGGCCAUCCUGGGCAACUCCUACCCCACUCCCAUCCCUCCUAACCCUCAGGGGGAACCCCUGGCACAUACCUGCUUCUCGCUCAUCUCCAUGUCGUAUUUCUGGAUCCAGUUCUCAAUUUCUGUCUCCACUUUAUAUUUUUUCUUAAACAAAAGCAAAGUCCAGGGCCAGUGGGUAGGUAGACACUUAGGACUUGAGUCUAAUCCCCUGGUCCCGCAAGGUGGCAGGAGAGCACUGACGACAGAGCUGUUCUCUGACCUCCACACAUGUAUCGUGGUACAUGUACACACACACACACACACACACACACACACACACACACACACACACACACAGUUUAAAGGGUCAGCUCCUAGCUGGGGGUAUGGCUCAGAACCUUUGCUUAGCAUGAAUGAAGCCCUAAAUUUAAAAAUUAAAUAUACAGCUGGGCAGUGGUGGCACUUUAGUCCCAGCACUCGGGAGGCAGA